UUAAUCGAUAUCUAAGUUCACCUGCCCACCACUAUCCUCCUCUGCCAUAGCCUGCCCGGCAUCCAUCUCUCGCUCCACCUCACGAACUUGUCUCACGAAAUCUAGGGCCCGCUCGCCCGUCUCCUCCAUCAUCCCCUCCUCUCCCUCCCCACCCGCAUCAUCCAUGCCACCUCUCUCCCCUCCUCCCUCGCUGGGCUGAGCACUGACGUGCAUCGUAGCCCCGCUGUAUGCCCGCAUGAUCGGCCUCCCUCGAUCAUCGAUCGGCCUCCCUUGGCCAUCGAUCAGCCCUCCGUCCCGAUCAAUAUUCACCCACCGGUGCUCCCCCGACUCGAGAGUGAUGAAUCUCUGAUGAGGGCGCAGUGGGGCGAAGGGCUGAUGCAUGUAUGGCGAUGGCGCCAAGUACAUGGGCGGUGGCGGGUAUGGCAAGCCCGGUGGCAUGUCGAUAGGCGGUUGUGGGUAAGGCGGGGCAGGCGGCAUGUCGAAGUCCAUCGCAGAGGGGCCCGGUGGGUAGGGGAAGUGUGGCGGCACGUUCAUGACCGUUUGAGGGGGGUGGUGCGGUCGAUAGAGGAAGGGCGGCGGCAUGUGCGCUGGUUCUGGCGGGUUGAAGAAGGCUGGCGGUACUUGGCCCGCCUGGCGCCGAGAGGGCGGUUGCUGCCGGGCGAGCUGGUCGGCCGGCAGCAUCAGAGAGCGCUUCUCCAGCUCCUUGAGCAUCGUCUGCUCCAGCCGCACGCGAGCCCUUCUGCUUGAGCAAGAACGCCUGACAUUCCCCAUCCUCUCGGGGGUCGCGC